CAGACCGAGCGGGCAGGGGGAGGUGGCUUGGGGGACAGAGACUUUUCAGAGUUCCUAGGCGCCCUGUGAAACUGACUAGAGGGGUCAAUUUCAGCAGCAGGGUCGGCGGUGUCCGUGGGACAUUCCUAGCAGGCCAGGCAGGGCUCUGAGGACUAAAGGGGAUAUUGUUGCAGCAGCUCUGCUUUGCAGUUCUAGCGCCUGGAGACUUGAUCCCCUCUUACAGUCCCGGACUCUGGGGGAAAGAGAUCAAAGGCAUUUUUGUGUGGAAGUGGAGAUCUGCUCUUGGCUUUUAUUACACCAACUCUGCGGGGUGGGGUUGGGGAGAACGCUCCCUAGCCAGGGACAGACGUGGCUGAGAAGGAAUUGGAUUUGCAACUUUGCCUGUUGGAAACGCAGGGGAGUUCCUGAGGAGGUACUGGGAGCACCACGACAACGACAACCUCUCCUCUAGGGCUCUGUGACCAAGGUUCUGAACGCUGCCCAGCGCAGGGGGUCUGCAGUGUGGCUGGCAGAGACGGCACCAAGAGGAAUGCCAGUAUGAGGGGGAUAACAGAGAGAGAGAGGAUCUAUAACUUCCAGAUGGAAAGGAGCACAUAAUCCCUUUGGGAAGAAUUAGGGAAUCAUCAGCGCAGCUCAGCCUGGCGCGAAGGAAGCAAAACAUGACCCCUCGAUCUCUGAGAGCUUUACACAGGUUCUGUUAAGAGGCCAGACUCUUCUCAAAGCAGACUCUCCCGGCCCCCUCCUCCAAACUGCCUGGCUUUGUCUGUUGCUGCUGGGAGUCAGUCCCCAAGCAUGGAACUAUUUUUUGUUUAAGUGAUUUCAUGUUCUUUAACCAGACUGCAUCCCCAUCUCCAGCCCCUUCAAAAGGAAAGUGAUUCCUAUCUGCAUUUAUCGCUAUUAACGGAGAGAUCUUUUUAUAAAGGCUUUUUUUAUGUCCCGUGGGAUUUUAAAAUAUUUUUUGCUGGGCUUUUCCUCCAUUUGAGAGCAUUUUGAGGAGUUGCUACGUGUACACCCAUGGCUUUAUGAACCAGAGGGAUCUGAGGACCUCUUCCUAUCACUCCCCUACCACUCCGACCUGUCCAUGAUGGGGCGAGAGCAGGAGCUGAUCCAGGCUGUGAAAAAUGGGGAUGUACCUAGUGUGCAGAAACUGGUGGCCAAGGUCAAAGCAUCCAAGAGCAAGCUCCUGGGAUCAGCCAAGCGACUGAAUGUGAAUUACCAGGACGCGGACGGGUUCUCAGCACUGCACCAUGCAGCCCUGGGUGGGAGCCUGGAGCUCAUCUCCCUGCUGCUGGAGGCACAGGCCACUGUCGACAUAAAGGACAGCAAUGGGAUGCGCCCGCUGCACUACGCUGCCUGGCAGGGGAGGGUGGAGCCGGUCCACCUGCUGCUGCGGGCAGCCGCCUCGGUCAACAUGGCGUCACUGGAUGGGCAGAUCCCGCUGCAUCUGUCUGCACAGUACGGGCACUAUGAGGUGUCAGAAAUGCUGCUCCAGCACCAGUCCAAUCCGUGUCUCAUCAAUAAGGCGAAGAAAACCCCCCUGGACCUGGCCUGUGAGUUUGGCCGGCUUAAGGUUGCCCAAUUGCUGCUGAACAGCCACAUGUGUGUUGCGCUCCUGGAGGGUCAGUCCAAAGACACUAGUGACCCCAAUUACACCACCCCUCUGCACCUGGCAGCCAAGAACGGGCACAAGGAGAUAAUCAGGCAGCUGCUGAAAGCUGGGAUUGAGAUCAACAGGCAGACAAAGACGGGCACAGCCCUGCACGAGGCAGCGCUCUAUGGCAAGACGGAGGUGGUGCGCCUGCUGCUGGAGGGUGGCGUAGAUGUGAACAUCCGAAACACCUACAACCAGACGGCCCUGGACAUCGUGAACCAGUUCACCACCUCACACGCCAGCAAGGACAUCAAGCAACUGCUGAGAGAGGCAUCAGGAAUUCUGAAAGUCCGAGCUCUAAAAGAUUUCUGGAACCUCCAUGACCCGACUGCUCUCAACAUCCGGGCAGGAGAUAUCAUCACGGUCCUGGAGCAGCACUCUGACGGGCGCUGGAAGGGGCACAUCCACGACACUCAGAAAGGCACUGAUCGAGUCGGCUACUUCCCUCCCUCUAUCGUCGAGGUCAUCAGCAAGCGGACAGGCAUGACUCUUCCCCGCUUGGUGCCUGCACACCAGCGCCAGGGCAUUGCUGCCCCACCCGGCGGGCUGCAGCCACUCCCAGGUGAUGCUCCGCAGCAGGCACCCCUCAGCCUCCCUACUGCCUACGGCCACCUCACCUUAACCAGGACAGCCCCGGAGCCUGAGAACUCAGCAGGAGACAGGAACAGCGUGGGCAGUGAGGGCAGCAUUGGCAGCAUUCGCAGCGCUGGCAGCGGGCAGAGCAAUGAGGGCAACAACGGCCAGAGCACCAGUAUCCUCAUCGAGAACGCCACGCUGCUGCACCCUGGUGGUGAGGACCUACAACUGCACCUCUUAGGAUCAAAUAGCCAGAAUGGGCAGCUGAACUCCUUGACAGGAACCCUUGGGCGCCAGAACCUGGCCAACUGUAACACCAGCAACAGGAUCUUCUCUCACCAAUACCUCCGCCCUGAACAGCUCUUGCAGGGAAAGGAUGCAGAAGCCAUUUACAACUGGCUGAGCGAGUUCCAGCUGGAAUUCUACACGGCCAACUUCCUCAAUGCUGGUUAUGACGUCCCCACCAUCAGCCGCAUGACCCCAGAGGACCUAACAGCCAUUGGGGUGACUAAGCCAGGGCACAGAAAGAAAAUCUCCACUGAGAUUGGGCAGCUCAGCAUUGCAGAGUGGCUGCCAAAUUACAUUCCUGCUGACCUGAUGGAGUGGCUGAGCGCCAUUGGGCUGCCCCAGUACCAUAAGAAGCUGGUGAGCAAUGGCUAUGACUCCAUCAGCAUCGUAACAGACCUGACGUGGGAGGACCUGCAGGAGAUUGGCGUCAACAAGCUGGGCCACCAGAAGAAGAUCAUGCUGGCUGUCAAGAAGCUGACAGACAUCCGCAAGAACUUGAACCAAGCCGACACCAAACCGGCAAGACGCAAAAUCCCUGGGGCCCUGGACAUAGUCACCAUUGAGUCUGUUGAGAAUGGAGAGUCCCAGUCUCCGCACACGCCCAAGAUGAUAACCUUCCAGGACAGCGAGCUGAGCUAUGAGCUCCAAACAGCCAUGUCCAACAGCUGCCAGGAAACCCUCCCCAUGAAGAACACUCAGGGGAUGUCACGGAGUCAGGAGAGCAUUGGAAUGCGCUCCAGAGGGUCAGGGCAUUCUCAGGACAACAUGUUGUCCAAGACCAUCCUCUCUAGCCAUUCCCAGGAGAGCCUGGGCAGCAGCGGGCACUCCUCCACGCAGCCCCGGCAGAAGGAGAAUGUGGAUGUUCUGCCAGGGAGACCUAACCAAGAUAAUUACGGGAAGGUUAUUACCAAACUGACCACCCAAGAGGGACUGAAUGGUUACUCCAAUGGGUGUGGAGGAAGCCCUCUGAAAGAGAGGAACCUCCCCGAAGGAACAGAUCAGUACCAGCGGCCUGUGGCUCAGAAAGGCAGCAUUCCACUGUUACAGCCAUCCAACUCUCUACCAGCAGCAACCCCCUGCACCCCACCGCAGACACCCAACAAGGGCACAGCACCCUAUGUCUUCAUGUAUCCUCACAUCUCCUUGAAAUCCCCUGGUGUUCCUGAGCAGCCCAAGAACCCAGCACAUCUGUACCCCCAGUUCUCCUCUUCCCAGAGGAGCAACCUCCAGUCAUCAGCUCAGAAAGCUUUCUCCUAUCUCCAUUCCCACUGCAGUGGCACAGAAUCACCAUACAUGUCUCCAAAGCCUGGUGCCACCCGGGGCUCCUGGCAGGCUGGAGAACAGCAAAAUGGAGACACUUUCAAGUACAAGAAGCGCUCUCACAGCCUGAACCGCUACGCUGUGUCAGAUGGUGAGCAUGAGAAGGAGGAGGUAGUCACCAGCACCCUGGGCUCCUACGCUACCCUCACCAGGCGCCCGGGACGGAGCCAAGUGCCACGCACCUAUCUGCAGUCAGACACCAAGGUCGUUCGCAGCCAGUCCUUUGCCAUCCGGGCGAAGAGGAAAGGGCCUCCACCUCCACCACCCAAGCGCCUGAGCUCUGUCUCCAGUGUCCAGGCUAUGGAGGCAGAGGGGGAGCAGGGUCUGGAAUCAGAAAGGCAGCCGGCUGUUGCCCAAGAUUCGGUGGAUGUGGCUCCCUCACCAUGGCUGGGCACCAGCAAUGCAGGCACCAGCCAAACAGUGAAGAGCAUAGCUGCAAUGCUCGAGGUGCCCACCGUAGGUGGGAGUCCACCAAAGCCUCUUCUGUUACCAAAGCCCCUAACUCCAGAUCACGAGCUAGUUUCUAGAGCAGGCUCAGAUGGUCAGCCCUGUGGCGCCAGGAUCUCUGAAGGCUCCUGCAGCACAAGGCUCCCGGAUAACGAGAGAGACACCUUUGAAAACAGGCCCCGCCGUCGCACGUUCAGUGAACCCAGCGUCACCACAAUGGAGGCCUUGCAAAGCAGCCUGGAGGAUGUCCAGUCUGACACAGAGGAGGAGCAGAGACCUGGCCCAGAGGACUGUGAGAUCUCAUCGUCGUCCUCUCAGAACAGCUCCAGUGAAUGCAUUCCAUUUGCAGAAGAAGGCAACUUAACCAUCAAACAGCGACCAAAGCCUACCGGGCAACACAAGGCAGAAGCUACCAGCCAGGACUCUGAGUCCAGCUCCCCGACACCUGCCAAUGUGGGGCCUCCCUGCUCCUCUGCUGGGAAGGAGUUGGAAGUGCUGGAAUUCAACCUCACCGAGUCUGACACGGUGAAGCGGAGGCCCCGGUGCAAGGAGAGGGAGCCACUCCAGACUCUGCUAAAAGUGUUCAGCUUGGCUGGCCAGAGCCAGGCUCUUGCGAGUCCGCCCCCACAAUAUGCACAGGCCCAAGCUGUGAGCAUCAUGGGCCCAGCACUACAAGUGCCAGAGCCAGAGCCUGGGGGGAGCGGAGACGGUUUUGAUGACGACAGAGUGGAAUUCAGAAUUGCGGAGAUUGAGAAGAGCAUCCUGUCUCUGGAGAAGGGGAUCAAAAAGCCUUCACUUCCUCCGAAAUCAGCCAGCCCUGGGGAGCUGCAUGAGGGUGCUGUCCUCCUGAGGACCUCAACUGUAGGGCCAGAUGCCUCAGCCAAGCACACAUCUGUUGCUUCUACGAAGCUGGUAUUUUCAGGGCCAAAAACAAUUUAUCAGCAAGUCCUGCAGCCCUCCCGGAAUACCAUCGCCCCCUGGGCAACUGCUGAGAUGGCACCAGAGGUGGCAGGAUCCACUGCUGUUGCCUGCCCCUCAAAGCUGGAGAUUGGCAACAAGGCAGACUUGAGCAACGGGGUGCCCAUUUUUAUGAAACCUUUGAGUGCUGCUCCGGAUGCAGCCCUGGCUCAGCAGAGACUGGAACAGACCAACUCCUCCCUGGCAGCUGCGCUGCAGGCUGCUGAGAAAAAAAUAACAGCUGAGGAGUUGGACAGUCAUUAUGGGGCUACGCACUCGGCUAAUAACAUCCUGGAAGACAUCAGCAACAUGUUUGAUGACCUGGCUGACCAGCUGGACGCCAUGCUGGACUGAGACUUAGUCCCCUGCCACUCAUCCCCAGUUGCUGUGCUAAUGCCUGAAGGGGGAUGGCCCUGAACUCUGCCCAGGGAUUGCUACAGCUGCUCUGAUCCUUCUCCCUCCUGCACUUUAGGACUUAGAGUGUGCACCUCCCUCACCUUUCCUGGCCCACUCAGGGCAUCCCAAUGGACUGGAGAUGCAGCAGCCCAGUCACUGCUCAAUGUCCCUUUGUAGCUGCAGGAGACGAGAACAAGGAAGAGUCAGCUGCACCCUUCCACCCUCAGCAGAGUUUGAGUGAGUGCAGCAACUCCCACUCCUGGGUGUCCAGCCUCCCCCAAGAAAUGAGCUCAGCUGCUGGCUGCAAAGAGCUCCUCUUCCUCUCACCUCCACACAAAGCUUCCUCAAGGGCCUUUUCCUCACUAGCCCCAGAGUGGGGUCAUGCGUCUUAUUAUUUAAACCCUACCAACAGCAUGUUGGGGGAGAGGACCUCCUUAGGCAGGCACAGCAGAGCCAAGCACUUAAUGCGCAGCCCCAGCAGGGCCUGUCAGCUGCUGAAAUAAGACGGGACUUGUUGCAGCUUGGGAGCUCUCUGGGUGAGAAGAAAUCUGCCUGCUUUCUUUGGUGCUUUUUAAGCACAUCAGUGUAAGGCAGCGUGUAAUCCAAGUGGAUUUAAAUCCCCACUGCAGUGCCCUCAGAGCCGCCCUGAGGCAGCGCUGGCACAGUCUGUACCGCACAAAGGAGCAAACAGGCUCAACCCUUCACAACAGCUUUGUCAGGAAAUUAAGAUCUACCUGACCUGCUUCCUGCAUGGAUUCAUUCCUGGUUAAAAGAAAAGGAGUACUUAUGGCAUCUUAGAGACUAACAAAUUUAUUUGAGCGUGAGCUAUAGUUCACUUCAUCAGAUGCAUGCUCAAAUAAAUUUGUUAGUCUCAAAGGUGCCACAAAUAUUCCUUUUCUUUUUGCGGAUACAGACUAACACAGCUGCUACUCUGAUUCCUGGUUAAAUGGCUCCUGGCCGAAGACUGGGAUGAGCAUGUUUUGGGCUAGUCAGUGCCAGCCUGGCUGGAGCAUGUUGCUACAGCUGAGAGUGCCCUCUGCUGGCUCGAGAUCCCAACCCACACCCUCUGCAGUAUUGCAAAUCCAGUCACUUGGGCAGGAACAGGUUGUUUUCUUGUGGCAAACACAUUCUCUUCUUUCCAUGCGACUACUCUAGCCCAGCUCCAAGCAGGGAGGGAGACAGACCUGGAACAAGACUCCAAAGCUGAGUUGGAAGCAAAGAUUUUUUUUAAACGCUAGCAGCAUUUGGUGACCAGUGAAGAUGCUUCUUAACCAUACUAAACACUGACCAGCUUCUAGAAGAAUGGAGCUAGAAACAACGUCACUGCACUAAGUUAGUUUUAGUUCCCUGACAGCUACUGUAAAUAGAAGUUGGACUCACCCACAUUGACAGGGUUGAAGCAAAGGAAUGUUAGCCACAAUUUUUUCAUUCCUAGCAGCAGUUAGAUCUGGAUUGCUUUAAGAACAAAUUUUUCUUGAAGGACCUGUAUGGGGUCACCUGAAAUGCCAAAACUAAUUAAUGCACCAGAGCAAUAAAAGGGAAAAUUUGCACAUUUUGGACUAAGGGGUCAUUUGUUGCAAAAACCACCAAGCAAAUCUAACUUUUUAAAACGAAAGCUAAAUUAUGGAGGUGACUGAAGGAAGCAGCAGCCUUCCUCAUCCCCCAGGGAAAUUUGCACCUCAAACUAUUAGACUGUUUACAGUAUCAACUCUCCCUGCACUAGAAAGAGAGCAGCCCCUUGUAAAAUCCACCCACCCCAGCCCAUGUAUUUCUCAGUGACUUACUCAUUUGUGUGGUAACCAUGUACCAUGGUCCCUACUGGCUAGAGAUGGAAUUCAUGCAAACCUGGCCUCUAUGUAAAAACAAAACUUGUCAGUUGGCAAGGUUGGGCUGUAGAUUUGAUGCUAACCCAUCUUGGCCCUAGCUAGUCAGUAUCUUUGUACUUUACGUUGCCUGAAAUGGCAAGUGCUACAAAAGUGAACUUUUAAAAAUAGCUGCAACCAGUGGCACUUUAUAAAAAGGGUUAAAAAUAAAUCUUUUUAAAAGGGGUGUUCAUGUCCCACGAGUUGACUUGGGACUAGUCCAACGUUUUCCAAUGUUGAUAAAAUGUAAAUUUUUUUUUUUUUAAGACAAAAUGUAUAUAUUUUAAAUGUGAUUAUAUAUUUACUAACCAGAUUUCAAGGUGUCAUUAUCUAGGGACAGGGAUAAAAGACACUGGGGUAGAGCUGCAUUACUCUGAGCCACCACAGGGGCAGCAGAGUGCUGUUCUUACAGUCAACAGAAUUACAUAUUUGUUUUUCUCUCAGAGGAAUGCUUAUUUUUCAAGUUCUAGAUCUUUAUUUUAAAGAUAUUGUAUGCUGUGUAAAUUAUGUAUGGGCAUGACUGUGUCUAACCAAUUCCUGUUCUGUGCAGCCAGGGAAAAAAUUAGUCCACAUAAUCGCCAGACUGACUGAUUUUAAACCAUCUGGACUGUUUGUGUUAAUUAUGCAGUUUGUUUUCCACUAACAUCAAUUAAGACAUAAUUCUAUUAAACAGUGGGGCUUUUUUCCCCUUUGAUAGUUCUGCCUAA